UGCAAACCUCUGGCUUGCAACCUCUACUGCAAAAAUGGACACGUAAAAGAUAACAGUGGUUGCGAUACAUGUGUUUGCAGCCCAGGUAUUAAUAACACUCCAACACCAACAGUAUGUAGCCCAAUUGAGUGUACUAGUAACUGCGACUAUGGUUAUCAGGACGAUGGAAACGGUUGCCCUACCUGUGAGUGCAAGGAUCUGCCCAAUUUGACGGUAGGAUGCAGUAACGUAAUGUGUAUGAUGUUCUGCGAGUUUGGCUUCAAGAAGGAUGCAAAUGGUUGCGAUGUUUGUAAAUGUAACGAAUCUCCAGCUAUUCCAUACACAUCCAUGCCAGGAUGCAGUAACGUAAUGUGUAUGAUGUUCUGCGAGUUUGGCUUCAAGAAGGAUGCAAAUGGUUGCGAUGUUUGUAAAUGUAACGAAUCUCCAGCUAUUCCAUACACAUCCAUGCCAGGUUAA